CAAAACUUAAAAUAUCACGUACCAGUAAAUUCCAAACUCAAUUUCUAGCCAAAUAAAAUAAUACAUAAUUGUAAAAAAGUACUGUACAAUCUACACAAGGAUGUACUGUACUGUGUACUGUACGUUGCAAUUAUGUAUGUGUGGGGGGGUCACAGUACAUGAAGACUCCUGACUCCAUGAAUACAUUAAUAUUUUAAUAUAUUAUUCUCGUCUCAUGUUGCCCUUUUUCACUAGCAGCCAUCUCUCCAGCUGUGUCAUCACACAGAGAAAGGAGGAAAGUGCACGGGUCUCCGAGAAGAGGAAAACUACGCCGAGAAUUUUGUAUUGUGACGCAUUUGGAGGCACAGCUGAUGACAAGUUUUUCUUGUUGAUGCCACGUGAACGUCUGCCUGUCAUUGGUUCAUCUGGGGGUAAAACAGUCAAACCUCCCAGCACCAAUGGCAGAAAGCGCAGUCAAAAGCAGAAACCCUCUGCCAAAGCAAGACCAGCUCCUUUCCAAGCAGACUCCACCAUGACACCUUGGAGGGGACUGGUUCUUUCGGACUCCUCCUUUACAUCCAUUUAUGUGCCCCCGUCUCCGACACCCCUUCAGUCGACCCCUUAUAACGACAACCAAAACAAAGAACUAACUUUAAGUUUCAACUCUCAAUCUUCUUCCCCCACUGUUCGUGCGGACAGCACAAAUGGAGAAUUACAGAAGCAGCAGAAGAUGCCCACCCAGGCCACGACCCCUCGACUGCCCCGUCUCCCUCCCCUGCAUCCCAUCACCAAUCUGAGCUUCUCUCGUAGUUUUACCUUCUCUUUCUUUGAGCUUCCUCUGUACCAAUCACCUCCGUUGCGGUCCGAACGUAUGAGGAACCUCAUGAAGCUUUUGAGAGAGACACAUUACUGAUAACCUCAAAUUGCAUGUUGAGUACAUGUUGGCAGGUUUGCACAACAUUGAAAGUACUCCAUGUUUCUGACAGUUCAGUAGCCGUGAGUCCUGAAUCUGUAAAAAACGUGCAAAUUUUUAAUGAUGCUUUCAUGGACCAAGGAAUAUCCCUUAGCCCUUCCCCUACUCCGUAAAAUCAAGAGACAGGGGUUAAGAAUCCU